AUUAUUUUGGAUCACUUUUCUGUAGACCUUUUAUAGCCAUUUUUCAAAAGAGCAGAGCUAUAACCGUCUCUUCCCAUUUCCUAAAGACAAAGAAUCCGUUGAUCGGUUUGAGAAGUUUGAAUUGCAAACAAUCUCUUAUUGUUCGUCACAUUUUUUAAGUUCAGGCGGGAAAGGGUAAAAUCCCACCAAGGUUACGCGCCGCCGCGCUCCGGCGGUUGGAACUCAACCUCGUCAAUUUGACUACCGUCGAAAUACCCAUUUCCCAUCUGUACGAUUGACUCAAAAACCAGCCAUUGAAAUGAUUCAUCAAACGUUUAACGACGCAAUUUCUCCCCUUCUACGCAAAUGCAAGUCCGUCCAACAUCUCAAACAAAUUCAUGCCCACCUCCUCAAGACCUACCUUCCACAAAAUCCAUACGCCAUUUCACCUUUACUCGAAGUUGCUGCAACUUCCGGCUGUGAUGGCGAUUCUUUCUUCUCUUACGCUUGUAGAAUUUUCAAGAACCUGCAGCAGAGGAACAUUUUCAUGUAUAAUUCAAUGAUCAGAGGGUAUUUUCUAUCGCGUUUUCCGAAACAAGCGAUUUUGUGUUACUUAGAUUUGAUUGAUCAUGGGUUUCUUGCUAAUAAAUAUACUUUCCCGCCAUUGAUAAAAGCUUGCGCGUUAGUUUAUCGUGAACUAAAGCGAAUAGGUUAUUUGGUUCAUGCCCAUGUUGUUGUACUUGGAUAUGAGAAUGAUGCUUUUGUCGUUAGUGCGCUUGUUGAAUUUUAUUCCUUGUUUGAUUUGAAAGUUGCACGCGUAUUGUUUGACAAAAGUUCUGCGAAGGAUGUAGUUGUGUGGACGGUGAUGGUAGAUGGGUAUGGAAAGGUUGGGGAUAUUGAGAGUGCUAGAGUGUUGUUUGAUGAAAUGCCCGAGAGGAAUGUAAUUUCUUGGAGUGCUAUGAUGGCUGCUUAUUCUCGGGUUAGUGACUUCAGAGAGGUGCUUUGUUUGUUUAGAGAAAUGCAAAAGAAGGAUAUUAAGCCUAAUGAUUCAGUUAUUGUUAGUGUUCUUACUGCUUGUGCACAUCUUGGUGCUAUAACACAGGGACUUUGGAUGCACUCUUAUGCCAAGCGCUAUGGUUUGGACGCAAACCCAAUAUUGGCUACUGCAUUGGUUGAUAUGUAUUCAAAAUGUGGUUACAUCGAAUCAGCUUUAGAAGUUUUUGAGGGCAUUUCAAAUAAAGAUGCUGGGGCUUGGAAUGCAAUGAUUUCUGGUGUUGCAAUGACUGGGGAUGUGAUGAAAUCACUUGAGUUAUUUGAUAAAAUGAUUGCCAGUGGAACUCAGGCUACAGAAGCUACAUUUGUCUCUAUCCUUGCUGCUUGUACACACGCCAAGAUGGUUGAGAGAGGCCUUGAAUUGUUUGACCAAAUGUAUCCUGUUUACUGGGUUCAACCUCAAUUCGAGCAUUAUGCUUGUGUGGUUGAUCUUAUGGCUAGAGCAGGUAUGGUAGAGGAUGCUGAGAAAUUUGUGGAGGAAAAAAUGGGAGGCUUUAGUAAUGUGGAUGCCAAUGUGUGGGGAGCAAUACUGAGUGCUUGUAGAAAAUAUAGGAAUAUUGAAAUUGGGGACAGAAUUUGGACAAAGCUUUCAGCCUUGGGUGUAUUAGACGGUGGUACCCAAGUUCUUUCAUACAACAUCUUUUCUGAAGCUGGAAGGGAAAUGGCGGCAAAGGAGGUAAGAAAAAAAUUCUCAGAAGCUAGAUCGAAAAAAAUACCAGGUUGCAGCGUGAUAGAGGUUGAUGGCGCAGUUCAAGAGUUUCUUGCAGGCGAUCUCUCUCAUCCACAAGUGCAACAUAUAUGUGAAAUGCUUGGUUUUCUUUCUAAAAUGGUCAAGUGGGAGACGGUCAAGUAAUUUAGAAAUGGUUUUCUGUUGAGGAUCUACAUUCAAAAAUAUUGAGGGACAUCACAAUCUUCGUAACCAAUUGCUUUUGAAUGCGAACCUUAUGUUAUCUAAAAUAGUUUCAGAAUCCACGAGGUCUAUCUGGACACUAAGUCUAAAACCUAAGAUUUUAUCCCAGAAUAGUGAAUCCAAAAAAUCUCACAAUGUUUAUAAAGUGGAUGAGAUACUUCUCUCCUUGCCAAUUGAUUUGAGUAGAAACCAACGUCAUCUAAUAUUUUCAAAUAGGAGAAACCAUUCUUUUAGACGCUGUGCAUUUCAUUUGGUUUUAGUUACUUUUUUGGAAAUUCAGAGGCUGCGAGUUAUCUCUAGACAAAGUUCACAUAAUUGCAAGUGAGCCAUCUUUUGGGAAAUUGGUUGUGAUGAUCGAGAUGGAAAAGGCACAAAUUCAUGGUAACAUGAAUAUAACUCAAUGGUUGAAACAUUACUCUCUUGAGGUAGAUGGUUGAAAUUCUCACUCUCAGAUUUGUUGUACUAAGAAAAUAAAGCACAAAAUCAAAGAAAUCUUGCCAAGGUUUGAUGAGAUCAUCUAUACUUUGAGGGUAUUCUGGUGUCCUCCAUUUGCAAAAGCCAUUGAGUAACAUUCGCAUCUUCUCCAAAUCAUCUUCAUGGCAUGUAAAACGCACACUUAAUUGUGCUGAGUAAUUUGUGGCUCAUGGCUAUGGGGAAAUUAGAAGCUGCUCUUUGGUGCUUGCAAAAUCAGUGGAAGACAAAAUCAUAGGUUGUGGAGCCAAUCUUGCAGGUGACCCCAGUCCCCAACAUGGUAAGAAAAGUGACUGAUACACCCUAGCACCAUUCAUAUAAAUCGGUAUCUAAGUAUCAAAAUCUUGAUAAAUAUUAAGUACGUCGAGGUGUCUAUAAAUUGGUCCCGUGCCCAUGACUAUGAAGAUAAGAUUUUAAAGUACUUGGGACCAGUUUGGCUACUCAAAUUAUAUUAUUGUAUCAUAGAGCACCGGGUUUCCUCCAUGUGAUCAAGAUAUAAUAAUGUGUCAUUGUCACUUGGUUAGUUCAA